AUGGCCUCCUUACUACGCAACGUCUUCUCCCUCACAUCACGAACGCGCUUCACUUCCACAAGACCUUCUCCCUCCAGCAGGACUACACCAACAGCCUGGCGAUCCCCUUCCGCAAGCUCGAUCUCCUCCACCCCGUCCGCUGCGUCCUCCUGGCUCCUCUCCCGACCGUUCUCCUCAACUCCCCUCUCCCAAGGUCUGGUCCGUAAACCGACCAAGAUCAAACUCAAGACGCAUAAAGGCGCGGCCAAGAGGUGGUUCGCGAUCGCGAAUGGCAACUUCAAGAGGGUCGGUUUCUUGCUCUCUGCAGCGAUCAGGUUGGGUCAUCUUGUUUUCAUGACGCUGAUCUCUUUCUAUGUCCAUUUUGUGGAACAGAGUCAAGCGGGGAAGGUUCAUUUGAAUGCAAGUAGUCGAAGGGGAGCGUGUGGAGCACGAGUUCGGAGUGGGACACCCUCCUCUUCUGAGCUGCUGCGAGCUCACUGGCUUUACACUCUCGGCAGUCCGCGUGCUCACACCAUGUUUGAUCGUUCUCCAUCUUGUAGGGCGUGCUCUCACCGACCCGGCUGAAUCGGUUAGGCAAGCCGGCGUUCGGUACGUUCAAUUCCCUCUUGGUCAUUUUCGGUCCCUUCGAUUCGACGAGAAAGUGAAGCAGACCCUGACAUUACCUACCUUUCGACCUCACCGUACAGCCCGACCGAUCGAGAAGAAAAAGCUGAGAAGACUGAUGCCGUAUGCUUGA